UAUUCUGAGGAUUCUGAGGAUCUCCGCAACGACUCGUUUGCAGCAACAGGUUGCUCUUGGCAAGAAACCGCGCUGACAAACCAGCGUCACUCGCGGCCCAAGAGCUAGUUCACGCUUAGUCGGACUUCUCUGGUUGACUUCGCACUCAGGCGGUAUUUCUUGUAUCGGAAAUGCCCCUAAACUCUGUCUGCGCUGUGCGAUCUUAAAUCUGGGAAAGCGCGCGGCCUCUUCCAUCGGAUGAUCUAUCCUAGAAAAUUUUAGGGUAGGAUAUGUCACAGACACUGCACCGCAGGCAUGCAGAGGCCGAUGGAAUUCUGGAAAAAGGACGCGAAGCUUUCCAUCCUUGAUAACGGUGGCAAGAACAUUGCACAUUCACAUUAGUAGACCACUCCGUUGGCUGCCGUACUUCAGCGAUGACACAUUAGCAAGAAAAAAGCAUGCAGUGGCGUCACUAUUGCAUGAUGAGGUAGGCGAUGCCCUGCCAGCUGAAAUUUUCCCUCCUUUGACAACCCCGUAGUCAGACAUUAUGGACUCCAUGUUAUAAACUAUGAUAAUCGUGUAUUCUCAGUUGAUGCUGAAGUUUCACGAUUAAACCCCACUGUAUGUCAGCAUACUUUCCCACAUAUGUUCGUGAGCAUGUGAAAAGACUGCUCUCUGUGCUUCUGUCAAGCACAUUAUCAUUGCUCAGCACACUGUAUCUGUUCAAUAUAUCUCCCAGUACAACUCCCACGCCCCCACUCUUAUAAUUUAUAAUUGUCUUGAAGGGAUUUUUUUUUGUUGCUGCUUGUUUGCCAAGGCUAUUUUAAUAAAACAUGUAGGCUCAAGUCAUAUUUUCUGCCUUAUAAUGUUACAGCUAAACCCCUGCAGUCACUAGACUGACAAGGGCUAACACAGUCACUCAGCGUAAAAUGUCAGAUCCUGUACAAGGGAUUUAUUCCAGCCCUGAAGCGCUAUGAAAACAUUACCAUUAGAAGACACAGACUGUAUUGUCUGAUCUGAAAAAAAAAACAUGAAAAGGAAAAAAAGUCUGCAUUUUCUCUCAUUUCCUCUCCCUUGAUUUAUUUAUGUAUUUUAUCUCCUGUUUGCUUAUUUAUACCAUUCCUUUUGGGCACUCGCGGUUUGGUAGCUGGCUUUUGGGGGUGCAGUGAAUUAAGGCUGAUAUCAUUGAUAUUUCAAACCUGAGGCUGGAGUCCUGAUGUGUUGGCAGCCAUGUUGAAACUCUGGAGUGCACUACUCUGCCAGAUGGCAAUACAUAUCACUUACCACACUGUCAAAGCAAACCUAUGCCUUGGGGGUCAGGACAUCUUUGCCACAGUCAGAGAAAACAGCCCCACUGGAGAGUUCAUUGCAAACCUCAGCAUCAUUGGAGACCCAGCAGCCAAUAGCCUGCGCUUGUCCCUCACCGGAGACAAUGCUGAUUGGUUUUUUCUAGAGGGUAAAACCAUUAGGCUGAACUCAUCCUUCUCAAGGGCCCUGGAUCGAGAGGUCCAGGGAUCAAUUUUAAUGGCAGCUUUGACAUGCUAUGAAGAAGAUACAAUACAGAGUGAAUAUAGGAUAAUGGUGGAGAUUCUUAAUGAAAAUGACAACAGACCAGCAUUUCUAGAACAUACUAUUCAACCGUUCCGUAUAAGUGAGCUGACUCCGAUAAACACUGUGGUGUUCACUGUCCAGGCCAGCGACGCAGAUGAAGAUAUCAUCAUGUAUGUUAUUGACCGAAAUUGGCCUGACGCCUGGUACUUCAGGAUAGACCUACCCAACAGCGGCAAAGUCAUUCUGGAUAAACCGUUGGACUAUGAGACCAAAACGCACCUGGAGUUCGUCAUUUAUGCUGCGGAAAUGAACACCAGGGAGAAGAACAGUGCCAUGGCCAACAUUACUAUCAACGUGCUGGAUGGGGAUGACCAGUACCCUCGUUUUCUGCCUUGUACCCCUCUCUCUAAGGACCAGACACACCCCAUCUGCAUUAACCCGAUCUACAUUGUCAACAUCACGGAGAAGGACCAGAGCAAAGUCUUAUAUUUCUCUCCUGGCCCAGUAUGUGCUGAGGAUGGAGACAGGGGUCUGAGAACACCAUUGCUUUACAGAAUCCUGUCAGGUGCUGACAAUGGGAGGUUCCGCGUUAACAACGAGACAGGAGAGGUUGUACUGACGAGGCCUGUGGAGAACAGACUGCUGACCCCUAUUCACAGACUAAGGAUCAUGGCUUUCCAAAUAGAUGACCCAAAAAAGUACACGGUGGCAACAGCCCUGGUCCGCGUUCUGGCUGAGAACCACUUCCCUCCUCGGUUCAACAGAACCAUGUACAAGGGCCUCAUCACAGAGAACAGUGACGCGGCGGCGCUGGUCAGCACCUACGAGAACACUGUCCUGGUGCUCCAAGCCACCGACCUGGAUUUCAGAGAAGGGAUCAACCCUCAAAUCCAGUAUUCUUUAAGGCCAAAGUCUAACAACACAACACACAGACUCUACCGUAUCACACAGGAAGGCCUUGUGAUUGCCAGAACCAAUCAUCUGAAAGCAUUUGAGAAGCACUUCUUGGAGGUGCUUGCUACAGAUCCAGAGUCAGGAGAGGUGGCCAAAGCCUCCAUUGUCAUUGAAGUUCUCCAGAAAGGACACCAAGUUUUUGUUUCAGCACCCCACAGCCCUUUUGGAGAGCAGUGGACGCCCGGCAGGAUGGACGUGGGUACGGCGUGGGGUGUUGCCAUCGCGGCGCUGCUGUCGCUGGGGGCUGCCGCUGUCCUGUUCCUGCAGCUGGUCAGGAGGCGGCACCGGGAUCCGACAGAUCAGGGGUCGGUGGCACUGGGGAAACACCCCAAUGUGACUUUACAGUGGUUUCACCAGGUGAACCAUGCAAGACCAGUGCCUCUAACGGAGGAAAUCUAUCACAAUGAAGCAUUCGACAAUAGCAGCGCGAGCUCACUUGCGCACGGCAAGCAUGGAAUGUAUACCAAAAAAACGAACAUGCCGGCAGUGAGGCCGUUCGGCUGGGAUCGUGACAGCUCCACGUUUCCGAGCCAAGCCCCGCCAGUGUUCGUGGUCCCUGUGCCCCCUCCGGGGAGUGCCUCGUCCUCCAUUCUGUCCAAUGGGAAAACACCCGACAGGUCUGUUGUAAAGUCUGUGUCAUUUCAGGAAGAAAGCGUGGUGAAAGACAAACAGUGGUGCGGUGAGGGCCGGCCAAGCUCUGGAGGGGUAGAAAUGCACACCCUCCUCCAGGCAGAUUGCUUGACUCCUUGGCUGGCGGCCAUAACUGCUUCUGUACCAGGUGACUCAGGUCACAUGGGAGGAAGAGACGCAGAGGACAGUCUUGAUGAAGCAAAGCCACAUGGUGAUACUACACCCCCAGAAAGUUCAAAAGAACAGGAAAACACCACGUGUAGUGAUGAUGACGGUGACAAUGAUGAGGUGAAUGAGCGUGAUCGGGAGAAUCAAUACCCAAGUCCAUGCACUCCGUGAUCUGCAUCUCACAGGAAGAGGACCAGGGUAACAACUGUGAAGGACAGCAUUGAAAUGAGCCACGUUACAGCAAGGAGAUGAAGGAACCUGAUGAAAAAAAUGGUCAGCAUGAGACUGCUCUUCCUCCUUGCCAGGGGACAACGUCUGCAACGGCGAGCCAGUCAGACAACAAACAGAGGCAACCAUAGAACCAAACCUGCCACUCUCCACAGUCUGAACUUUUCUUUUUUCCUUUUUUAAUUGUGCUCUUAAAGAAUAAUGGUGUUAUGUCAUGAAAGAUAUUAUAUUUAUAAUGUGAAAUUUGUGUUUUAUACAUCUUAUAUUGCAGUUGCUCUGUUUCAGGGAUGAGGAGAAAUCAUAUCUGCAUAUUACAUAUUUAUACUGGAUGUUGUGGUAUGUCCUUAGAGACCUAUGAUGUCUUGUACAUACUGUAAAAAUAAUUAGGCUGACAAACCCAUGCAAUUACAGAGUGGAAGAUUGCUGUAUUACAAAUUGUAACCAGUGUUAGUGCCUGUUAUGUGGCUUGGUUGCCAUUUUGUUGAUAUCCAGUCUACCCUGAGCCUGAACUGUGGUGCUAUACAGCUUUUUGCUGGACGUCAGCGAAGGGGCAUAAGAGGUCACGAAAGCUGGUUGACAUGCUCAGCAGUAAUCUUUUCACAGGCGAGAGAGCACAUCCACAAGCAUUACUUUAAUCUCCCGCCCAUCACUCUGUUUAAUCCUACAACAUGUCCCAAAUGCAUAGCUGCAUAUAUAACAAUAAAAAAUGCUGUCACAAAAAUCUAGAGUCAAAUUAAUACUGCAAGAUUUAAAGCCAUUUUCUAAAGAAAUAAGGUGGUUUGACAUGCAUCAUGCCCUAAAUUAACCUUGUGUGCUUGAAGUGUGUUCAGUAUGUACCAAGACUGAACAUAUUCAUGAGGUUUCAUUUCAAAUACAUGAAAAAUACAGAAAAUACAUCAGCAUUUAUAUACUCCAAAGGGGCGUGGGUGUAAUGCUAUGUGGUUUCACAGACGUGUCAUUUUUUUAUACUUCAUGUAUAAUAAUGAAUAAUGAUAAUAAAGCAUAACUGAACUAA